GUUGCAAGUCAGGAUACCCGUUCAAUUGUAGUGCAUCCAUGGGUACAAAGCAUAUAUUUGAAGCGAUUUACGCAUGCCAGUUUGAAUUCGGCCAUGGAGACUAGCACAAUCCUCACCAGUCUUGCUGUGCGCUGGCGCUACGCUGGGGAUCUGCUCCAAGGGCGCUGGGUGGCGCUGCUCGACAUCAUUGGCGAUGAUCCGAUGCGCCUCUGGGUGCUCGGCACUACAGCGAUCAUAUUUUUCGUCUAUUGGUUCUAUGCUGCAAUCUUUAUGCUCAUGGACAUCACCAACCGUCCGAGAUUUCUGCGCAAAUACAAAAUACAACCGGAGCAGAAUGAUCCACUGGAUCUGUCACGAUUGUGGGCUGCCGUCAAAGUGGUUGUGUUCAAUCUGACUGUGGUAAACCUAAUCACGAUUUGGCUUCUCUUCGAACUGGUGCUCAGACACCAUAAUUCCCAAAACAUACGCGAACUUCCGAGCUUUGGACGAAUUGUGCGCGACUUUGUCGCGUUUGUGGUGCUGGAGGAGAUCAUGUUCUACUAUGUGCACCGAUUGCUGCACCACAAGGCCAUCUACAAGUACGUGCAUAAGAAGCAUCACGAAUGGACUGCGCCCCAUGCGGCCAUGACUCUCUAUGCACAUCCCAUCGAGCAUGUGGUCGCCAAUUUACUGCCCGUGGGCGUCUCAAUAUCCAUACUAGGCGCACACGUGCUGUUUGCCUGGGUUACGAUCUCGUUGGCCGUCAUCAACUCGAUAACCGAUCAUACGGGCUACAGUUUUCCCUGGUCUGGCGUAUCUGUGCGCUUCCACGACUACCAUCAUGCCAAGUUCAAUUAUAAUUACGGCGUUACGGGCUGGCUAGAUAAGCUACAUGGCACCUAUAGGCCGCCCGUACAUGGGCAGAAGCAGCAGCAGCAAGUGAAGUCGAAGCACAAAGCGGGGAAGAGCAAAACCAAGUCCAAAUAGUGACAACUCCAAAUAAAUAUUAUUUUGUGUAACGGUUUUUUUUUUAAACUUAAAUAAAUA